CAAGCAGGCUGAGUCCGUAGCUCUGUUUAGAACUAAAAAUGUAUUAACGUUCCUCAUUUAAACAUUUCAACGAAACAACAUCGAAAUCGCUAUAUCUAGAAAAGCAACUUUCUCGUUUUUUUUGUACACGUUGCUGACUUUUUUUAUACGCACCUAAUUAAUUUCACGCGUUGCCAUUAAAAUUGCACAGUAUCGAGGAGAGAGAGCAGCAGAAGAUUUGAUACGAAUUAAAUUCAAUAAACACACACAAUGAAGCCAUCGUCGCUGCUCCGUUUACGGCACAUUUGGAUCAUGUCCUGUUGGCUACGCAACGAGGCAGUUGCUGCUGCUGCCAUGGUGGUGCGUUGUCGAGACAACAGCGUGGAUCAACUCGAGAGUGGCAAGAAGCACGUCGUGGAAGCGGAAGCUGGCCAAAUGGGCGUCGACUCUCAGGGCAAGUUGCGCAUCGUUCGCGUCCUGGACGAUUAUAUUGUGCCCGCCGAGUGUGGCUUCUAGACGACGAAUUUGAUGAAUCUACAAGCCGAUGCCGAUGGAGAUGGAGAAGACGAAUUGGACGAAUCUACAAGUUAUUCUAAAUUAUUAUCGAUCUUGACUUUUAUUAACCCAUUAAUGAGUGAACGUUAUAAAUGCGAUUAGAUGUAUUGCGCUACUAUAUAUAAAUUGGGAUUAUAUACAAAAUAAAUUGGCAUAAACGUAAUUAACAA